GAUAACAGAGCUCUGUUAACAGAGCCAAGGUGUGGCUACACUGGCAAGCUAUAUUUUGAUAAGGAGCUCGCAAAGAUGCGGAUUUUCUACGGAUUUCUGGCGUUCCUGAUGGCCAGCCAACCCGGCGUUCGAGCGAUCCAGGCACGCAGCGACAAGGAGCAGCCGCAGACGGUGGUGUCCGGCACAGCGGUGCAAUCGGUGGUGCCUGUGCAGGCGCAACUGGGCUCCGGUAUGGGACCCUCCUCAUCAUCGUCCGCGUCUUCCUCCUCCGGCGCAGCUGGAAGUUCGGCCUUCUAUCCACUGGGACCGAAUGUGAUGUGCUCGUUUCUGCCGCGCGACUUUCUCGACUGCAAGGAUCCCGUCGAUCAUCGGGAGAACGCCACCGCACAGCAGGAAAAGAAGUACGGCUGCCUGAAGUUCGGUGGAUCCACGUACGAGGAGGUGGAGCAUGCCAUGGUUUGGUGCACCGUGUUUGCCGACAUCGAGUGCUACGGGAAUCGCACUUUCCUGCGCGCCGGAGUGCCCUGUGUCCGCUACACGGAUCACUACUUUGUGACCACCCUGAUCUACAGCAUGCUGCUGGGUUUCCUCGGGAUGGAUCGCUUCUGUCUCGGCCAAACGGGCACUGCUGUGGGCAAACUCCUCACCAUGGGCGGCGUGGGUGUCUGGUGGAUCAUUGACGUAAUCCUGCUGAUUACCAACAAUUUGUUGCCGGAGGACGGCAGUAAUUGGAAUCCCUAUGUCUAGCCGUUUGUGAUAUGCCUCUAGCUAUAAGUAGUUUAAUCUUGUUUAGUGAUUAAGUCGUAGUGUUAGAAAAUUAAUUUAGUUUUUUUUUUCAUUAAAAAUACCAUUAACUAGUGAAAAUCAAGCUAUAAGGGUUCUACGAUACAAAAUCAUUGAACAAAUAAUUUCAUACAUAUCUAUUAAUUGUAAAGUAUAGACAAAUAAAUAUUUAGAUAUA